AUGGCGCGCACGAAGCAGACGGCGCGUAAGUCGACGGGCGGGAAGGCGCCCCGCAAGCAGCUGGCCACCAAGGCGGCCCGCAAGAGCGCGCCGGCCACGGGCGGCGUGAAGAAGCCGCACCGCUACCGGCCCGGCACGGUGGCGCUGCGCGAGAUCCGCCGCUACCAGAAGUCGACGGAGCUGCUGAUCCGCAAGCUGCCCUUCCAGCGGCUGGUGCGCGAGAUCGCGCAGGACUUCAAGACCGACCUGCGCUUCCAGAGUUCGGCCGUGAUGGCGCUGCAGGAGGCGAGCGAGGCCUACCUGGUGGGGCUCUUCGAGGACACCAACCUGUGCGCCAUCCACGCCAAGCGCGUCACCAUCAUGCCCAAGGACAUCCAGCUCGCCCGCCGCAUCCGCGGGGAGCGCGCCUGAGGCUCCUGCACCGUGACCACCAAACCCAAAGGCUCUUUUAAGAGCCACCACACGCCCACCAGAGAGAGCUGAAUCUCCGUUUUCGUGGCAGGCGCGCGAUGAUCUGUGCAAGGGCUCUUUUCCGACGGUCGGAAAUAAAGGAGCUGG